AUGACCAAUAUCGUCUUCGCUGACCCCUGCGGCGCCUUCUUCUCUUGUGGGAAAGAUACUGCUGAAGCCGUAAAAGCUAAGGAAUUUAAAAGGUACGAACUGCUGACAAGUGACAAGAAUAUUGACAAAUCAAGUCUGCCUUUACUGAAGGAAGCAGUUCCAAGUGUAAUCGCCUGCAUCGUCAAAUGUGAGGUUGUGCCAGAGUGCAGAUACAUAUUCUUCAGUAAAAAAUCAAGCGAAUGCAUUUUUCACUCGAAGAGGAAAGCCGUUGUCCCUUCAUUCCAACAUUGGCGUGUGACCUGUCGUAGGUUCGACUACGCUUAUGAGGACCCUACAGGCACGUGUUUUAAGGAACACGGUGACGCCCUGACUUGGCAGGAUGCCAGUGAUGCGUGCACAGCCGACGGAGGUCACCUGUUGACCCUUGACACAGCAGACGAUAACACCAUCAGUUUAUUUCAAGGAACCUCCAUUGGUAUGUGGGUGGGAGCCACGGACUCAGCGGUCGAGGGAGAGUUCCGCUGGCUGGUCACUGGCGACCUUUUAUCAUCCUCGUUACCAUGGGAUACGAACCAACCGGAUGGUGGAAAUGCCGAACAAUGCGUGAGGCUUAUUGCUCAGACUUCCACUUCAAAUUCAGGUGAAGCACAAAAAACACUGAAGUCUGUAUCCUCAGGCACAUCGGCAUCACCUGUCAAGCUCCACGAUGAGGAUUGUGGCCAACUCUUGCCAUACGUUUGCGAGCUGUGA